UCAGAUUUUUUUUUUUUUAGUUUCGUGCUUCCUGUCUCCUUGUUUUGCGCUCAAUUCUCUGCCUUUCGCACACUUAACGCAAACACUGCGCGCCUUUUAAAAGCACUCUCGAGUCUUUUGUAGUAGAAUGCGGCUUCUUUGCGAAUAUUCGUCGCAAAACACCUUUUGUUCCGAGCUCGUUUCCUCCGACAGGAUCCCGCUGCUCGUUGUUUGUUGUUUUCCAGUAAACAUGGAUCACGUUUAGGUGAGAAACAGCCGUUUAAAUGCCCCUGUCGUCGAGGAGAUACACUGCGUUUGAAAACAAAGAGGUGUGUGUGCCCUGGGUGCAGCCUGGCCUGUGCUGUGGUUGCGAUGAAGAAUCCAGGAGCUGCUGGGAGCCGUCGGCUGAUCGCCUUGCUGGAGGGCGCCUUGGUCAGAGAGGCCCGCUUCUGGAAGGUGCCGGUCUUCAAGAACGGAUGCAUCCAGGGCGCUGAUAUCUCUUCGUCCCAACACCAAGAAAUGAUCCUCUGGCUGGGAGAAAUGAGCAGACUGUUCCAGUUCUGUCCUGAGACGUUUGCACUAGGAGUCUGUGUUCUCAACCGCCUGCUGUCCACUGUGAAGGCCCAACCAAAGUACCUGAAGUGCAUCGCUUUUACCUCGCUCGUCCUCGCUGCCAAAAUCAAUGAAGAAGAUGAGGUGAUCGGUUCUGUCAGAGACCUGGUCGCGCAGAGCGGCUGCAACUUUUCAACGGCGGAGAUUCUGCGCAUGGAGAGGAUCAUUCUAGACAAGCUGCACUGGGACCUGUACACCGCGACACCGGUCGACUUCAUUCACAUAGUAAGUUAGACUUCAGCAGACAGACAGACAGGCAAACAUGUUUUUCUUUUUUUAAACUGGACCUGAAGCCUCUGAGAUCCUGGUCUUGCCUAAAACACAGUAGUACAAAAGCACACAUCAUGCUUGCAUCAAGGUGGCACACACACAUACCCUCGCUCAGCGCUCCUCCCCCUCCCCCCCCUCAGUAAAGAAUUGGUCCUAGUAGAGAUUGUGCAUUUAUCCAAUUUUGACUCUUUGUGCCCUUUUUAAUGAUUAUAAAAUCCAGAUUAUGUCCAACAGAAAAUCACUUCUAAUGAUAAAAUCAAAGAUUAGCUGUCGAUUUCCAUCUGUUGCAGCGUGACUGCUGUUCCUUUCUGCUUGUUUCAGGUCUAAUCUAAUGGAAUAAAUAAGAACUUAUAUUUAAA